UUAAUUGUGUGUUCAUAAAAACAGAUUCUUUUGCUAUUCUUUUGCUAUAUAAAAUGGUAUAUCCUGCAUAUGCACAGUGGUUAAUAUAUUAAAAACCACAUUUCUCCUGUAUUCAUAGUGGUUGCUGCGUUGUAAUAUUUUAUUAAUGUCAAUACUUUGACACGUUUUCUUCUGUUCAUACAGAAACAAGCAAAAAUAAACAAGCUGAGAAACUACAUCUUUACAUCUUCAUUUUUUUUUUAUGGUAAUUAAUUUAGCUUGAUAUAACAUCAGCAAUUACUGUAUGUCCCAAAACUAAUAGCCUAAUUUGUUUUUACAUAUACAGAUGUAUGUUUUCCCUGCAAGUUAUAUUAGAUAUAAGAUGUUUUUUUGUUAGUUUUUUUUGGAUCAGGACAAAAACCAUAAACCAAUAUGAAUAUUAUUAUUAAACACGUUGAUCUUUUACUUUGCAAAAAUCUCCUUCCCCUUGAUGUCAUAAUUUACAUUUUAAACCGAUUAAACAUUAUUUUAAUAUAAUUUUGUGUAUUGUACGAGUGUUUUUAUUUAUUUAUUUUUAACUUUCACUCAAGUAACUGUUUGUAAAGUUUAUCUUCGUUUUAGAAACCAAAAUUUAUCUGUUGUUGCUAAACCUCCGCCCUCAUCUCAGAGUGUUACUUCACAUCCACUCACUUCACCCUUAUACUCAUCUGAGCACAGCUGAUCUCUGUGACAAGAUCUUGUCAUCAAAUACAUUAGUAGGCCUAUCCAACUGCUCAUUUACUUAUUAAAUAAGAUGGGAAGACACUUACUUGGAAUACUUGUGUUUUUGAAAUAUUGCAUUUGCGGUGAUGUGCAGGACUUUGAUGGAGACAUUAAGGACUUUGUAGUUGGUAACAGUAAGUUGUUUGUUCUUACUGACCAUCGACUUCAUCAGAUGAGACACGAUCUAAAUGAGGAGAAGAGGAAAGACAUCACUAAAGCCACUGAACACAACAGAGUCAACAUUCUGGUGCCUUAUGACGUGAACAGCACCCUGAUAACGUGUGGGACUUUUAAAGAUGGGUAUUGUGAAAUUCUUGAUAUAAAUGAUAUUACAAACAGUAUUUACUAUGAAAGUGAUAAUUUGAUAGGACCGGAACAGAAUGGAAAAACUGUUGCCUUCAUAGCUGGAAGGUACCUUUUAGUUGGGAAAAAGGACGAUGAUGCAAAAGCUGAAGAUACCAGGUAUUCUGUUGUUACCUUAUGGAGCACUUUAGAUUCUCAACCAGGAGGGAUUUUCUCAAGAAUAGCAGAAGGAUCAGAGGCCAUCAUUCAAAGCACAGUGAGAGAUGUAGAGUUUAUUGAUGGAUUCCAGAGAGUUUCGCCCUCAGAUUCGUAUUUAUUUCUCAACACAAAGACUAACAAUGAGAGGAAAGUGCUCGUCCUGAGGAUGGACAGCUCUAAAGAGAAAAAGUCAGAAAUCAUCAAAUCCCUGCAGGCCUCAACGGUACGAUGCUGCAGUGAUAAAGUUCGUCCAGUGCUCGUCGCCAGCACCGUUAUUCCCUCAGUGAACGAUGUUAUUUGGGCAGGUGUGUUCAGUUCACAGAAUCAGGAGGAUCCGGAGAACGCGCUGGCUCUGUAUGACAUCAGUAAUGUUCGAGGCCAAGUCAAGGGUUUCUGCGCUUACGGUGAAAAGUUAUGUGGUUCUGAGGUUUGAAAUUGCAUUCUACACAUUUUUUAAUAAAAUGACUGAGAACCGUAUUUCACCUUAUUGAUGUUGCAUGAUAAACAUA